UUUUUCUCGGUGUCUCUCCCGCUGUCUUUGCCGGGGGCUUCGCCGCGACACGCGCGCAGCGCUGCUCUCGCGUAUUUUUUUUUUGUCGGCAUGCACAAUCUGUUCCGGAACGGGGAGAAUCGAGAGAAGAUCCGGCACCACUCGACGCCUCGCUUUCCGGACAAAGUCGUUCAGAGGAUCCACCUGCGACAAGCUCGCGGGUCAAGAGCGGCGCACAGGCGUCGCGACGCCUCGCUCGGUCUUCUGUCGCUUUUUAAAGACUGUCCAAAACGCUCCCGUCCGUCAGAGCACGGGCAACAAGCUCGCUGGCUCACAAGGAGCCUUCUUUUCUUAUCCGUUCCUCUCUGGCUCAAGAAAACUUGGAUUUCUGCACAGCCUCCAGCCACACGAGUGGAGAGAGUCCGUUGCGAGACGCCUCGUGGUCUUCGGAGGCGUUGCCUCUUCUCCGCCGUCGUCUGUCCUCGGCUUCGCGUCCGUCUGCCGCUGGGAACUCCAGCGUCUGUCGCGUCUUCUCGAUUCGCUCCUUCCCUCUCCUUCGCCGGCGCCGCUGCAUACAGUCUCGCUUCUCUCUUUCUUCUCGCGGCUUCGCCUCGCGAUCUGACUUUGACCUUCCCCUCCGGUCCUCUCGAACGACUGCGACCGACGCGGAGAAACGCCGCGUGUCUGCUCCUCUUUAUUCUUCUUCCUCGUCUUCUUCCUCGUCUUCUUCUUCUUUGUCGUCUUCUGCUCUCGCUGGAGAGCCGCCAGGGACAGAGCUCGGCGACUCUCUUGCGGAAGAAGGAGUUCGCGCGAGCACCGGCCAUCACGCAGAGAAGGCGAGGAAGAGGCGAAGUCUCCCCGAUCACUUCCCUGUCCUCCUCGCGAGUCUCCCUUUCGACUCCGCAAAUGUAGACAAAGCUGCGGCGCUUGCCGCCGGGACCUUUGCUUCUGUGGAACGCAGCGAGCCAG